AUGACCACUCACAACCACAACCACCACGCGGGACCCGACUCGCAGGGCCACCCCUAUUUCCCGCAAGACGCCGCCAUCCCCGGAUACGCGCCCAACAGCACGCCUCUUCCGGCCAUUCUCGGGUCUUUUGGCUUCAUCAUCGGCGUCUUUGUGUCUGCGUGCGUCGCCCUCGCGAGAUGGCAUAACCCGGCCCUCAAGAGUCCGGACCAGCUGACCGUCGCCUGGUUUGCGUUGUGCGGGUUCCUUCACCUCUUCUUCGAAGGCUACUUCGUCCUCCACCAUGCCGCCCUGUCCUCCUCCCAGUCACUCUUCGCCCAGCUCUGGAAGGAAUACGCCCUCUCCGACUCGCGAUACCUGACCUCGGACCCUUUCAUGCUCUGCAUCGAGACCCUGACCGUCCUCACCUGGGGUCCCCUCUCGCUCCUGGCCGCCUUCCUGAUCGCGCGCGACCGCCCCGCCGAACGGGGCGCCCGCCACCUGGUGCAGGCCGCCGUCUGCGUCAGCCACCUGUACGGUGUGGCGCUGUACUACGGCACCUGUGGCUUCGCCGAGCGCAUGCGCGGCAUCUCGUACAGCCGGCACGAGCCGCUCUACUACUGGGGCUACUACGCCGGCAUGAACGCGCCCUGGGCGGUCGUCCCCUGCUUGCUGCUCUGGCGGAGCGUGAGGGCGGUUCAGGGCGCCUUUCGACAGCUUGCAAAGGCGGAGGAAGGGCGGAAACAGAUAUGA